UGUCCGCACGAGACAGGAAGUUUAGUUUUUUAGCCGUUGGCUGUGUGGUAAUCGGUAGUUUUUUUAUUCAUAUAUCUUGUACUAAAAACGUAAAAAUGGUUUUUAACUUUUUACGUUUUUUUGGCGCCCCGUUGUAGUAAGCUCAUCUGAAAAGUGCGUGUCACCGUUGUCCUGUACCUGGGGGUACAGCCACGUUUUAAGUCGGAAACAGAAACGGUGGGAAGGCCAGGGGGGAGACAUGACUGAGUACAAGCUGGUGGUGGUGGGAGCAGGUGGCGUGGGGAAGAGCGCGCUGACAAUCCAGCUCAUCCAGAACCACUUUGUGGACGAGUACGACCCCACUAUUGAGGACUCGUACAGGAAGCAGGUGGUGAUUGACGGGGAGACGUGUCUGCUGGACAUCCUGGACACAGCGGGUCAGGAGGAGUACAGCGCCAUGAGGGAUCAGUACAUGAGGACUGGGGAGGGCUUCCUCUGUGUCUUUGCUGUUAACAACAGCAAGUCCUUUGCUGAUGUGCAUUUAUACAGGGAACAGAUCAAGCGAGUGAAGGACUCGGACGACGUUCCCAUGGUGCUCGUGGGCAACAAGUGCGAUUUGGCUCGAACGGUCGACACCAAGCAAGCACAAGAGCUGGCACGGAGCUACGGCAUUGAGUUUGUGGAGACCUCCGCCAAGACCAGACAGGGAGUGGAGGACGCCUUCUACACGCUGGUGCGGGAGAUCCGGCACUACCGCAUGAAGAAGCUCAACAGCCGGGAGGACAGGAAGCAGGGCUGCUUGGGGCUCUCCUGCGCAGUCAUGUGAGCAGGACUGCCUCUACUGUGUGGCCCCCUGCUGGCCAGUCUGGGUCAGUGCAGAGCUCUGAGGCAUGUUGUACGUGCUCCCAGGGCCUGCAGAAGAGGAGAGCUUUUUGGAGGGAAGAGAGGAGUCUGCUUUCAUCCAGACGGACGUGCCCUCUUCCACCUCCUGGCCUUCACUCUCUCUUCAUCCCUUUUUCUUUUCGGGGGACCCGGACCUCCCUCCCCUCCCUCUGGACACUUGAUGGGACUUGUCUGCCUUGGGUCUGACGCACAGGAGCCUGAGGUGGAGGCGCUGUGAGGGCCUGCCGCUCUCACUGCUGGUGAAGUGGGACCAGCCCACCUCCUGUCCCGCUCCCCCCAGCGGGGCUCUCCUUUUCAAGGGCUUCUCUUGGCAUCGUCAGCCCCUUGUCAGACAUGCAUUCUCUCAUCUCAUCACACAGACACUGGUCAGUCACCCCCCCCC